UCACCCGCCGGCGCCGCCUCCUCUCCGCUCCGCUGCGGAGGACAGAGGACAGACUCACAGCGGAAACUUCUGCACGGGGACACGGGGAAGAGGGGAGUCUAAACCUGCUGCUGAGCCCCUUGGGAGAUCCGUCCAGGUUUUUCUUCUACUCCUAUGAGGACUCGUCCAGGAUCCAUCACCACUCGCUGAUCAACACACUGUAGAGGCUGCUAUGUCUGUCUGAACCCGCACAUCUUCCUGCAGCCAUGGCCCAACAGAGCGCUGAGCUGUCCCACUGCUAGGCGACGGGGCAUCCGAGAGGGCAGAAGACAUGUUGGGACAGAGGCCCGGGGACGACUGCACUGAAUUCUGUUACUAUAGCAACUACUGUAGUAACCAUGGAAACGCUAUGGAGGACUGGUCUGGUCUGCACUGUCAUCGUCAUCAUGGUUGCCACAGAGGUCGAAGGAGGUCACCGAGAUGAGUUCGCCCAGUCACAAGCUGCCUUCCUGUCCAGUCUAGGCCAGUAUGAGAUUGCCAUCCCAGUACGUGUAGGACCUAAUGGAGAGACGCUGGACGCAGAAACGCUGCAACACCACAGAAGAAGAAGACGCAGCACUGAGGACAGACUGCCUGACUCUCUCUUCUACCAGCUGUCCACGUCACGCAACAACUUCCUGCUGAACCUAACGCUGCAGGGAGGCCUGUUGUCCAGGCAGUUUAGGGUGGAGUACUGGAAGAAAGGUCGAUUAGCAUGGAGUCAUCCUUACUCUCCUCACUGCCACUAUGUAGGACACCUCCAGGACCAGCCACACUCCAGCAAAGUGGCCCUGAGCAACUGUAACGGCCUGCAGGGGGUGAUUGUUGCAGGGGGAGAGGAGUACCUGAUUGAACCCCUUGUCUCACCAGAUAACCAAACCAGGACGGAGAGGGGGGAGAGAGCAGAGGGGCGCCCUCAUGUGGUUUACAAGCGGUCAUCGCUUCGCCAUCAGUACAAGGGCCAAUCCUGUGGAGUCAUUGAUGAGAAGCCGAUGAAAGGUGCCUCAUGGUGGCAGCGAACUCUGAAGACGCCUCCCCAUCAUGUCGGACGCGGCCAGCUGCCUCUGAAGCGCUCAGUUAGCCGUGAGCGCUACGUGGAGACGCUGGUGGUCGCUGACAAGAUGAUGGUGGGUUACCAUGGUCGCAGAGACAUCGAGCAGUACAUCCUGGCUGUCAUGAAUAUUGUUGCCAAACUGUUCCAGGAUUCUAGCCUGGGGAAUGCAGUCAACAUUGUGGUGACACGGCUCAUCCUGCUCAUGGAAGACCAGCCAACACUGGAGAUCAACCACCACGCAGGGAAGUCUUUAGACAGCUUCUGUAAGUGGCAGAAAACCAUCCAGCACCGCAGCAGCUACGGUAACGCCAUACCAGACAACGGGAUCGCUCACCAUGACACUGCUGUGCUUAUCACCAGAUAUGACAUCUGCAUCCAAAAGAACAAGCCCUGUGAAACCCUAGGUCUGGCUCCUGUUGGAGGGAUGUGCGAGCCAGAGAGGAGCUGCAGCAUCAAUGAGGACAUUGGCCUGGGAACAGCCUUCACUAUCGCCCACGAGAUAGGACAUACGUUUGGGAUGAACCAUGACGGUAUGGGGAACGCCUGUGGGCCCCGCAGCCAGGAGACCGCCAAGCUGAUGGCUGACCACAUCACAAUGAAGACAAACCCAUUCAUCUGGUCUGCCUGUAGCCGGGAUUACAUCACAAGCUUCCUGGACUCAGGUAUGGGCUCUUGUCUGAACAACGUCCCCCCCAAGCAGGAGUUUGUGUACCCCACCACAGCGCCGGGUCAGGCCUACGACGCAGACGAACAAUGCCGAUUUCAGUACGGUGUCAGAUCUCGACAGUGUAAAUAUGCGGAAGUCUGCAGUGAACUUUGGUGCAUGAGCAAGAGCAAUCGUUGCAUCACCAGCAGCAUUCCCGCUGCGGAGGGAACCAUCUGUCAGACCAACACCAUAGAGAAAGGGUGGUGCUACAAGAGGGUGUGUGUGGCGUACGGGACUCGUCCGGAGGGUGUGGACGGGGGCUGGGGUCUGUGGUCACCCUGGGAGGAGUGCAGCAGGACCUGUGGAGGGGGAGUCUCCUCGUCUAUCAGACACUGUGACAGCCCCAGGCCAACUAUUGGUGGAAAGUAUUGUCUGGGGGAGAGAAAGCGCUUCAGGUCCUGCAAUAUUGAUGAGUGCCCUGCAGGUUCUCGAGAUUUCCGUGAGAUUCAGUGCUCUGAUUUCGACAGCGUUCCUUUCCGGGGAAAGUUUUACACCUGGAAACCAUACAGAGGAGGUGGGGUGAAAUCCUGUUCUCUCAACUGCCUGGCAGAAGGAUACAACUUCUACACAGAGCGUGCUCCAGCUGUGGUUGACGGUACACUUUGCCGAGACGACUCUCUGGAUGUGUGUGUAAACGGAGAGUGUAAGCACGUUGGCUGUGAUCGAGUCCUCGGUUCGGACGUUCGCGAGGACCGCUGCCGAGUCUGCGGGGGUGACGGGAGCCGCUGUGUGUCUGUGGAGGGACUCUUCAAUGACUCACUGCCCGAAGGAGGUUAUGAAGAAGUGGUCAGAAUUCCCAAAGGAUCCGUAUUUAUCCACAUACAAGAACUCAACAUCUCCCUCAACUACCUUGUCCUGAAGAGUAAAGGAGACCAGUACUUUAUCAAUGGGAAGCUGACCAUUGACACUCCACGCAGGUUCGACGUUGCCGGCACCACCUUCCACUACAGGCGACCCACUGACGGACCAGAAACUCUUGAAGCUCUGGGGCCAACAAACAUAACCCUGAUUGUCAUGGUGCUGGUGAGGGAGGAGAACCCAGGGAUCCACUAUCGCUUCAACCCUCCAUUUAACAGGGAACCUCUGACUGGGUUUGCCUGGCACUACAACUCCUGGUCACGCUGCUCAGCUCUCUGCGCUGGAGGUGUGCAGACCCAGCAGGUGGUGUGCAGGAAGCAGGCAGAUCAUUCAGUCGUCUACAACCACUUCUGUGACAAGAAGAGCAAACCCAAAGAGAAGAGGAGAUCCUGCAAUACUGAGCCCUGCUCCCCAUCCUGGUGGACAGGAGAGUGGUCGGAGUGCAGCCGCAGCUGUAACGGCGGCCUGCGAACACGGGACGUGUUAUGUAAAAGGAGGCUCUCCGUGACAGAGGAGAAGGUCCUGGACGACUCAGCCUGUACAUCCUCACGUCCUUCUCUCACUGAGCCCUGCAGCAACCACAGCUGCCCCCCUGAGUGGCUGGCCCUGGACUGGUCAGAGUGUACGCCCAGCUGUGGUCCUGGCUAUAGGCACCGUGUGGUCUUGUGUAAGAGUGGGGAGAGCGGUGACAACCUGCCAGAGUCCAAGUGCCCCAAACAUGGCCGACCCACCUCCAGGGUGCGCUGUAAUCUGCAGCGUUGCCCUCCCCCUCAGUGGGUGACGGGUCCCUGGGGAGAGUGUUCUGCCAGGUGUGGUCUGGGUCAGGAGAUGCGCUCGGUGCAGUGUCUGACCCACACCGGCCAGCCGUCCAAUGAGUGUCUGGAACAUCAGCGGCCAGCAGCCAUGCAGCAAUGCAAGAGCAAAUGUGACCUCAGUCUGCCCAUCAGUACAGACAACCCUGAAGAGUGUAAAGAUGUGAACACUGUGGCCUACUGCCCCCUGGUGCUCAGGUUCAAGUUCUGCAGCCGGCCAUAUUUCAGACAAAUGUGCUGCAAGACCUGCCAGGGACACUGACGCUCACAGCAUCCCAUCUCUGGGUCCUGUACACACUCACAGUAAGCCUGAUACCCUCCCACUGAGCCUCGUAACAGCAGCCCUCACACUCCCUCUAUCAGAGGAGUGUGAGAUCGAACUGGGACGCUGUCGGACUGACACCUGGUCCCGUAACUGUUAAAGAGGGACCUGUAUUUUCCAGCAAGAGUCCAGCACAAACCAGACGCCUCUCCGGGCCAAGCUGAGUUUUACAUUCCACUGGAGGGAGGGCUGCUGAAACCUGGAGAGACCGAGAGAGAGGAGAGAUUAACUUCCCUCCAUCGUCUGUCUUUCUAAUGAUCCCUCUGUUGUAAUAUUUUGGUGCUACUAUAUUUCUCUUUGGCCGCAGGGCUGGUCGCAGUACUCUCUUAAACCUGUAUGUUAACAGGUGAUAUUUGUUUAGUUAAAGAAAUCCACUUUGUAAAGAAAAUGAUUUUCCAGAUAUCUUCGCCCAUGAAAAGGAAUAUCUUAUGCUAUAAAAUGAAAGAUUUGUUUCUAUGUUAUCUAAUAGUUGUUACUUGACCACAUUGUUGUAUGCCGUUGCUUCGUUCCGUAUCAGCGUAUCCAUCAAGUCCUCGCUGUUAUUCAGCUGAAGUAUGAGCAGAAUUUGAUUUGCACAAAGUGUCAGCAGUCCGAGGACUUGUGUAUGUUAUGUUUUCAUGUGAUUUGACUUGAUGUCUCUGUGGAAGCUAUAAAUGUCUCACUGCAGUGAACCUGCCGUAGUCUUGCCAUUUACGUUAGUUUGCUUAAAUGUUAUCACCUCUACAGUAAAACAGAGCUUCUUGCUGCACAGAGGCUUUAGCGAUGUGAGCAAAUCCAGUGCUGAAUCGCCAGGACAUUUUCAGAUUAUAGGAUGUUAUUUUGUGGCUGCGGACUGCGGCAGCUCGUGCAUAAAGUCUUCAAAAAGGAACUUUUAACAGCUGGGCUCAGUGUCAUUAUCUGACAAUCCCUCAGCGCGGGGCCUUGCUGUUAAUUUUUUUUUUUUUUUUUUUUUUGGUUUAUUUUUGCCAGAUGUUACCACUCAUUCCACAGUGCUAGUAACUUUUACUGUGAGUGGAAAUUCAGAGCAGAGUGACACACAGUUGAGUCAGCUCUGCCAGCAGGAACAGGCCCAGUGAGGAGGAGUGAAGACCUCUGACCACACUGCUUUCAAACUGCAUUUUAUAGUAGGAGUGCUAAUCUGAGGAUGGAUUUACACACCCAUAAAAUAUCUGAUUUCUUUGAGGCUGCUGUGAAAAGAUUUCUGCAACAUUUUUUUUCUGAAUUAAGCUAAUUUAAACUCAUCUCUCUUUUUGUGGCCACAUGGGGGCAGCAGAACAAGUUGGAAACACAACAUAUCACCGUUUGAGUUGAUAUGGCAAACUUGUUAGCAAACAGUUGCUUAGUUACACAUCCAGCAGUGACAGUGUGUCAGUCCACCUUGAAAUUAAGUCUAAUAGUCUUUUAGCUUGGUUUUGGUCUUCACCAACUCCUGUGGGGAAUAUCUGUCUCUUUAGCUGCUAGAUGCGCCUUUAUGUUCAAAUCUCCAACUGUGUGUUUUGGCUGUUUGGUGCUGAGCAGGUAGCGUAAUAUUGCUUUGUAGAGCUUUUUCUAUGAUAACGGCUGCCUGCUGCAGGCAUUAAUGACACUAUGAGAGCAGUGAGAGUGAUUCAGAACACUUAAGUUGCGGUCAGACAGUGAAACAAUGGGCUUGAACUCAAUAGAAAGCUCCAUAAAGUUGAGAAGAGCUGCAGAUUUAGGUGAUAAUUCUCUGUAAAUUCAUCACUUCGAGCAGCCUCUUUCACAAUAUAAUGGCUUUCACAUGAUUUGAGUUAUUCUGAAAUCAAGUCAGUGUAUUUUCUUUCUCAAAAACAAGAACCCAGAUAUUAGCCGCAGGACAGCACAGCAGUUAAAUGAUUUAUUUAUGCACAGAUGUUUUGGCUCAAGUGUGUGAACUGGAACCAGUGUGAAACCGUGUCAGCUUUUUUUCCUUUUAAAGAUAGUGAUGUGAUCAUGUCACCCUAAGGUCACACCUUUCCUGCUCUUGUACAGGAAAUGUGUCACCUGACCGAAAUUUGUUUAGUGCUGAUUUCAUUCAAGAUUUUCUUUUUUUUUUUUUCACUGAGAGUUUUUGUUUAAAUGCAGUUUCAGCUGUUUCUCCAUCCUGAACACUUUUAGAAAUGCUGCCUCAGAGAUCAGUCAUCACUGUGACGUCCACUGUGCUCCGCCGUGGCCGGUCUUUUCUUCACACACACUCACACUGAUCACCGCUGACAACAGCUCUGUGUAACACUACAUGUCACAUCAUUUCAUUGUUAAAGAAGCUACAGUUUGGUUUUAUGGGGAUUAGCUGCAAUGUUGUUCCUUUUUUCUUGUGGUGCUUUGGUUUGGAUUGGUGCUAUUAGUUCACUGUUGUUGUCAAUGUUAUCAUUUUAACAAAUUGUGCUUUUAAUUAUUUAGAAAUCGAGUUGAGCCUUUUGUAAUAUUACCGAUCUCUUUGGGUUUCUUUGUUAAUUUCAGUCAUAAUUUAAGCUUUUAAUUUUCACUCCCUGGCUUGGUUAAAGUGGCCAAUAUUCCUCCAAAAUCCCCAUAUGCAGCUCACUAUGCAAAUUUUAGUAUUAUGUCAGAUGCUGUAACAAUUUCUGAUGGGGCAAUGUACAAAAUAUUGGUAUUUCCGAGCACUCUUAACAGUUGUGGGAUUAUAAAAAUAAUCUAUUUUGGCAGCAGUAAACACACAUUUGAUUUUUUUGAACACCUGUACAGCUUUUGGUUUAUCAGAUUGUGUGAAGGGUCUCAGAAAAUUAAAACGUCUGCUCAUUCAUCCACGUGGAGCAUGCAAACAUUAUUUAAUUUAAAGAUUUCAUACAGUUUUAUUUGUAUGCCAUCAACUAACUCACCCCUGCAGUUUUCAGGACUGAACAGGUUGAAACACAGUUUGUAUCAUUUUCAGUUGCACAUAAAGUUUCAAAAGAUUUUUCUGUUUCAGUGUCUGAAGGCAUUUCUUUUCUGUAUCUGCCUGUGCAUAUAAUGAAGGUUCACACUGAGAAGUGAGCCUGUUUUAUCUGAGUAAAUAAGAGGGACAGUACCGGUAAUUGUUGUUUUGUUUUGUCACAUGCUAAUUAUAACAUGACAUGUACUGUAUGUUGUUCAAUGCUAUAGAAGAUGAAUCCAUUUGUCCCCCAUGUACAUCUUUUUAAAAGGAAAUAUUAAAUUGAUUAAACAUGG